UUUGACGUCACCAAUGGUAUCACUGCACUCAGAGACAUGAAAUUCAGCUUUAAAAUUAUUUCUAAGAUCAUUUUUUUGAGAACAAGGAAUAUCACGGUAGUAGAAGGCAGCGAAGUCCCUCUAAAAAGCAACGACAUUCAAGUCACCAACCCUUACUACGAAGACUGGAUCACGGAGUAUCUGGUGAUUGAAAGACCACAACAUGGAUACAUAUCCUCUUCUAAGAACGGCAGGUCAAAAGUGUCCAGGUUUUCUGUCCAAGAUCUUAAGAGCGGGUUCAUCCAUUACACUCAUGACGGCUCGGAAACUUCACGAGAUUGGUUUACUCUCGUUGCAAAUGCCACAGUCUUGAACAAAGAGAGUUCGCCAAGCACGGUUCAUGUUUUUGUGGAACCUGUCAACGAUGAAACGCCGCACAUGGUGAACAACACCGGAUUAGAUGUGUGGGAAGGGGAUAUCACUGUUAUAACGAACCGCCAUCUUGCUGCUACUGAUGAGGACUCUGAUCCGACGGAAAUCACGUUUGUGAUAUCAUCUCCGAGC